UGACGCACGCAGGGGAUCCAGGAAGUGCUCGGCCUUGUGUUUGUCCGUUUGCAGUGUUCUCUUUCUUCGUUUGAACUGUGUCGUUUCCGUGGGCCCCAAUGGCGACGUUUAUUUCUGUCCCGUUGAAGAAGUCCUCGGAGGUCGACUUAGUGAAACCAUUGUCGAAGUUUGUGACGGCCACGUACCCUCCCGGCGAGGAGCAGGCAGAGUACCUCCGUGUUGUAGAGGAGCUCAAUAAGCUCCGCAAAAGUGCUCUUGGGAGGCCGCUGGACAAACACGAGAGCUCGCUGGAAAUCCUGCUGCGAUAUUACGAUCAGCUCUGUGCAAUCGAACCCAAAUUUCCCUUUCCAGAGCUAUGCCUGACAUUCACAUGGAAAGAUGCUUUUGAUAAAGGAUCUCUUUUUGGAGGCUCAGUCAAGCUUGCCUUGGCAAGUUUGGGCUACGAGAAGACAUGUGUAUUGUUUAAUGUGGGGGCACUGGCCAGUCAGAUUGCUUCUGAGCAGAAUCUCGAUAAUGACGAAGGAUUGAAGUCUGCUGCCAAGUUCUACCAGCUGGCAAGUGGUGCAUUUGCUCAUAUAAAGGACACAGUGCUAUCUGCAUUGAAUCGAGAGCCCACGAUGGAUAUCUCCCCCGAGACAGUGGGCACGCUCAGUCAGAUCAUGCUUAGCCAGGCACAAGAGGUCUUCGUUCUCAAGGCCACUGCAGAUAAGAUGAAGGAUGCCAUCAUAGCUAAACUUGCCAAUCAGGCUGCUGAUUACUACGGUGACGCUUUUAAGCAGUGCCAAUACAAAGAGAAUCUGCCUAAGUAUUUUUAUUUCCAGGAAGUGCUUCCUGUCCUCGCUGCCAAGCACUGUAUGAUGCAGGCUACUGCAGAGAUGCACCAGUCAGCCUUGGCCAAUCAGAAGAAAAAAUUUGGGGAGGAGAUCGCUCGGCUACAGCAUGCCACAGAGCUGGUGAAGACAGCGGCUUCCCGGUACGAUGAGUAUGUGAAUGUAAAGGAUCUGACGGAUAAGAUCAACCGUGCACUCACAGCUGCAAAGAAAGACAACGACUUUAUAUACCAUGACCGUGUGCCGGAGGUCAAAGACCUUGAACACAUUGGCAAGGCUUCUCUUGUCAAAGCAACUGCAGUGCAGACACCACUCAGCCAGAAAUUCACAGAUCUUUUUGAAAAGAUGGUUCCGAUGGCAGUGCAGCAGUCAGUGAGUGCAGCCAAUUCAAGGAAGUCGGACACAGUAAACAGACUUGUUGGAAGUCUGAGAGAAGCAACAAAUCUCUGCAAUGGGGUACUGGCAUCUCUGAACCUCCCAGCCGCGCUGGAGGAUCUGUCAGGAGACUCAGUCCCUCAGUCCAUCCUGGAGAAGAGCCGUGCUGUCAUACAGCAGGGCGGCUUGCAGAGCAUCGAACAGCUGAUUAAAGAUCUGCCAGAACUACUGCAGAGGAACAGUGAGAUCCUGGAUGAGUCAUUAAAGAUGUUAGAUGAUGAGGAAUCGACAGACAAUGAACUCAGAGCCAAAUUCAACCAGCGCUGGAGCAGAACACCAUCUGGAGAUCUCUAUAAACCACUCAGAGCAGAGGGAAUUAAUUUCCGCUGUAUACUGGACAAGGCAGUGCAGGCUGAUCAGGUGGUGAAAGAGCGUUACAAUGCACAUUGUGAGAUGAUUGCUUUGCUCUGCAAACCAGAGAAUGAGCUUUGUGCCGCCAUACCAUCAGCCAACCCUGCCAAGACCCUACAGGGCAGUGAGGUUGUGAACGUGCUGAGAGCUCAGCUGGCACAGCUGGAUGAGGUGAAGAGGGAAAGGGAUAUUCUGGAGGGAGAAAUUAAGUCAGUAACUUUUGACAUGACAACAAAGUUUCUUACCGCACUGGCUCAAGAUGGGGCCAUUAAUGAGGAGGCCCUGACAUCCAGCGAGCUGGACACACGCUACGGUACUCACACACAGCGCGUCCAGCAGAAUUUACGCAGACAGGAGGAACUUCUGUCUCAGAUACAGGUGUCUCAUCAGGAAUUUUCAGCCCUUAAGCAGUCCAACUAUGAGGCUAAUAACAGAGAGGAGGUGUUGAAGAAGCUAGCUGCCGCCCAUGAUAGCUACAUAGAGAUCAGCUGCAAUAUCAAAGAGGGCACUAAGUUCUACAAUGAUCUGACAGAGAUCCUGCUGAAGUUUCAAAAUAAGUGUAGCGACAUUGUUUUCGCCCGCAAAACUGAAAGGGAUGAGCUGCUCAAGGAGCUGCAGCAGAGCAUUGCUCGUGAGCCGAGUGCUCCUUCAUUCAGCAUUCCAUCAUACCAGUCCAACACCCCUGCACCUGCUGCAGGAGGCCCCACCCCUGCACCCAAGACUGUGUUUCAGCAGCCUCAGGCUAAGGCCCAGCCCCCAGCGAGGCCGCCACCCCCUAACAUCACUUCACAGGCAGCCAGUGCUUCAGUUCCAGUCAGCACUCCAAUGCCCCCUAGUAGUACUAAUCUCCCACCUGUCGCACCAACCACUGGACUCUCACAGGCUCAAGGACCACCCUACCCAACUUAUCAAGGCUACCCAGGGUAUUACCAGAUGCCGAUGGCUUAUAAUCCUUAUACAUAUGGGCAGUUUAAUAUGCCCUAUGCGCCCUAUCAAGCCCAAGGUCAGGCUGGAUACCCUGGAGCUCCUCCUGCGCAGCAGCCUUACCCCUAUCCCCAACAGCCACCACAGCAACAGCCCUAUUACCCCCAACAGUAGAGCACUGUUACCCCAAAACAACUCUCUGCAACUACAGCCACAUUUAUUCUUGUAAACUAGCACUCAUCUUACUUGCACUUAACUAUUAACACCCCUGCAUUUGCACUCUCUGUCUUUAACGUUUGACUUUCUCUGGGCGGAGUUUAGAACAUCAGGCCAUGCCCUCCUCAAUUGUUGAAGUUUCAAGGCAAUAGUUCACAGAGCAGGUGUGUUUGUAGAGGGAAGAUCUGAUCUCUUUCUCUCUUGCUGUCUUACCCUCUAGCCCAAAGUGAAGCUGCUGGCUGCCUGCCACUGCUUAUACCUUAUUUUUGUAAUGAAUAGUGGCAUAUAAUCUAAUGCAAGAGCUGUAAGUGAUUUCUUACCAUGAUGAUGAUAAUUUAAUUGCUGGGAGAAAAACUGCGGUUAUGUCUUAUUGCAACCCGUAUAGUAAUAUUAUAACUCCUUCUGUUCAGUCUACAAUCAUCGCCUUGGGAAAGGAACAGGAAAACAGAAUAGAAAAUGGAUUAAUCUCUACAAAUAAUUUGUUUUUGUGUUUCUUUUGUUUUCAUGUGAUUAAAAGCAGCCUACUUAUUCACUUUCUGCACUUGGAGCCUGUGGGUGGACAAGAGCAUACUUUCAGCAUUUAUGGUCAUUGUCAAUGUCUCAUGGCAUUGUUUCUCAUUCAUCAAUGUCAAGUCCAACAAUCUGAGUUCAGAUUAACAGGCUGGGGUAUAAGAGCAUGUCUGCAUAAGUCUGGGUGUCACCACUUGUGAAUUCAAGUGUGUUUGUGGGAUAAUUAUUACAAUGCUAUUUUUGUCCAUAAAGAGCCAUGCUGAGUGUCUCCAUGGAUACAGAUGGAAGAGGAUGGGAUUUUAGUCUGUGAAUGGGUUUAUCGAGGAAUAAUAAAGUGUUGUGAAUAUGUAAGAACGUUUUCUUUCACCCACAACGCACGGUCCAUGCACGUAUGCCUAAACUGUUACGUUUUGGGCAUGGUCUCUAACUAAUGCAUUUACUUAUGAAUGCAUUUUAGAACACUAAAGUGACAAUCCUGUCAUUUUAUUAGCAUCAAAAUACACUGUAUAUAAAAUGUUUGAUACUCUGACACAAGCAGUAUGUCAAAAAAAAUAGCAAUGCAUCAGGAACUGUAAUCUGAAAAUCUGAAAUGUAUACUUGAUAAUGACAGACAAAACCUUUGUGUGAUGUUAAUGAAUGUUAAGAUGGUCUAAAAGCCUUUACACAUAUUGGGUAAUGUAAUUAAACCCACUGGCGUCAUGCUUCUCUCAGCUGUUGCUUUUUACUGACAAGCAUUCAUAUGUCCUUCAUUUCCGGAAAUCCAUCAGCGUACAGAUCUAGCUUGAUAAUGUAAAAGAUCAGAGUCCUUCGAUAUCCUCAGUCAUCUUUAUGAGCUUUAGAAGCUCAAGUAACGCCAAAGAUGGACUGAAUUUAGUGAAUUAUUUACCCUUUGCACAAAACCUGCUCCUGUCGUGCCUCACUACAACUCAUUCAGCAUUUGGUUAUAAUUAGUCAGAUUGUUGUUUCUGCUGCUGUUGUGUUUACAUACAGUAUAUUUGAAGGGAACAGAAAUAGCUUGAAAUGGAUCAUGCUAUUGUAUUCUAAAGCUCAUUUCCUGUUGAUGCUUCAUUUCCUAAAUUGGUUUGAUUGGUUUGUGUUAGUUGAGGCCAAAUACUGACAAAAAACAGGUGUGAAAUUCUCUCUGUGAGUGCUUAACGCAAGUGAAAUUCUCUAUGCCAUUAUUGAGAGAUUUAUUGAGGGAGACAGGUGUGUCAAUAGAAGUAUAUAAAUAUCAAACGGAUGCUGCAUUGUUGACUCCCUGCCAGAUCUGGCUACUGUAUCUCUUGUGACCAUUUUGACCUGUCGAGAGCUUUCUCUGAUGACUUGAGGGUAUGAGAAAGUGUCAUUAGAGAAAGCUCAGAGCUCAAGUAGUUGUUCUAUUUGUGUGUGUCUGUAUGUCUUUCAAGUUAAGUAACAGAAUGCUUUGAUGUCCCAAGGUACUGAUUGACUCCAUAGUGUAGCCAGGCAUACUGUAUGAACAGUAUGUAUGAACAACUGCAUGUUGACCCUAGCUUUUACCCCAGCAGGUGCCAGUCUGGACAUCUCAUCCUCAAGAGCCCAAGUCCAAUUUUCCCAGUAAGUGAGUGUGGCCAUUAUUUCAACAUCUAGAUUUAGGUUAUAUAAUAGGCCAUACUAGAAAGCGGAACAGUUCAUAUUUGGUUUAACUGCUGUUAACAACUUAACAAGAGACUGAAUCAAAUGAAUAUCCCAGGUUCAAUAAAAGUUAAGCUCAA